AUGACACAGGCAUGGGACCCUGCAGGGUUCUUGGCUCGGCGGAGGGACGAGAAUGAGGACGACAAUGAUGACACUACUCGGGCAAGCCUUUUUGUUUACACCAACAGCAACAAUACUAGGGGCCCGUUUGAAGGUCCCAACUAUCACAUCGCCCCACGUUGGGUGUACAACCUCACCAGCCUCUGGAUGGUCUUUGUGGUCAUUGCAUCCAUCUUCACCAACGGGCUGGUGCUGGUGGCAACCAUGAAGUUCAAGAAACUGCGUCAUCCCCUGAACUGGAUCCUGGUGAACCUGGCCGUGGCUGACCUGGGGGAGACGGUCAUUGCUAGCACAAUCAGCGUCAUCAACCAGAUUUAUGGUUACUUCAUCCUGGGCCACCCGCUAUGUGUCCUAGAGGGCUACACCGUCUCUCUGUGUG